CAUCAAUCCCAGGAGCAAAUCCCAAUUUUCCCGCUAUUCAGACGCACAGCACAACAAGCUCGACGAUCGCAACGACGGCGACGACUGCUUCAUCUACCGACGGCUCUCCGUCAUGAGCGACACAACAAUAUACCCAGCUUCAAAGCUGGGUGAAUACACAGUCAUACAGGAUAUAGCGGAAGGGACGUUUGGCAAGGUCAAAAUGGCCACUCACACAAUAACAGGUCAGAAAGUUGCCAUGAAGUAUAUCUCGAAGGCAGUCAUCCAUAUGACCAAGACCAAGACUCGUGUCCAGAGGGAGGUAGAGUACAUGCGAACACUGCGGCACCCCCAUAUCAUCAAGCUCUAUGAAGUGAUCUCGACCCCUACAGAUAUUAUCAUCGUCCUUGAGUACGCCGGUGGCGAGCUCUUUAACUAUAUCGUAGCCCAUGGACGGAUGCCGGAGCCCCGAGCUAGGAGAUUCUUUCAGCAGCUCAUCUCAGGAAUAGAGUACAGCCACGAGCUCAAAAUCGUCCACCGAGAUCUCAAGCCAGAGAAUGUACUUCUUGAUGACGAUCUCAAUGUCAAAAUCGCCGACUUUGGUCUUUCCAACGAGAUCAAGGAUGGGGAUUUCCUCAAGACCAGUUGUGGCAGUCCUAAUUAUGCGGCACCAGAAGUAAUUCGAGGCGGACUUUACACCGGCCCAGAGAUCGACGUUUGGAGCUGUGGAGUAAUCCUCUAUGUCAUGCUGUGUGGAAGGUUACCUUUCGAGGACGAAGAUGUUCAAAACCUAUUCAACAAAAUUAGCCAGGGGUCUUACCAUAUGCCGUCCAACCUUAGUCCGGACGCCCGCGGCCUGAUUAACUCCAUGCUCGCUGUUGAUCCUGUCAAACGUAUAACCAUCCCUGAAAUAACGCAGCACCCAUUCUUCAGGGCUGAUCUUCCCCGCUACCUCACUCCUCUCCCUCCACCUCCUGGUCCUGUGCUUGGUACGCUAUCGGCUCUUGUCACCCAGCCCAAGGUACUCGAUUUUGAAAUUAUUGACGGCCUUGGACGCAUUGAGGAGGAUGUAAUCGACGAACUGUCGACUCGCAUGGAAGGCGUGGACAAGGAGGAUAUUUGGGAGUGUUUAAGACGGGAUGACGGCGUUCAAGGGAAUGCGGUCAAGGUUGCAUACAUGCUCCUACGAGACAAACGCCGUGCUGGUCGUGACUUGGCAGAGUUCGAGGAGCAAGAACGUGAUGCUCGGCUCGCAGCGAUGGAUCCCCGGAACAAUCUCUCACCCAACGCUCUCUCACCCGCGGGCGACCUCGAAGACAAUCCAUUUGAAGCCGAAUUUAACGCUGAAUACGACGACGAAGACGACGACGACAUCGAUGACGGACUCGAUUUCUCCACGCCUCCGAUAGACAGUGAAUAUGGCGAACGCGGCCCAAACAACUUUGCUGUGCUCAACUCUUCGCUACCGCUCCCCGACCAGCUACCGGAGCAGCACCAUCUCGCAUCAUAUGCAAAUGCCAAGCGCGCAUGGCCUGUCAAGGAGAAGAAGCAACACCGGACGAAGUGGCACUUUGGGAUUCGCAGCCGAAGUCCGCCGAUGGAAGUCAUGUUGGAGAUCUAUCGAACGCUGAAGACACUCGGAAUGGAGUGGAAGGAGAAGAGGAACUUGGGCGGCUUGGGUGUUAAGUUCCGACAAAGGAGCAGCGUGGACGGCGGCGCAAGGAUCGAGCGUGCAAGGGAGAUGGACGGUAGUCAAUCGGUGGAUUUGCGCGCGGCUGCAAGUGUCUACUUUGUAGAGACCCGGGCCAGAGUGCAGGACGUUGUGGUCCUCAUGAAUCUCCAGCUCUACAUGGUGGACUCGAUAAAUUACCUCGUCGACUUCCACCACAAAAAGACCUACAAGGCCUCCGCUGAACCCGGUGCUGGAAAAUUCGACAUGGCUGACCCAGAUGCUUAUCUUCCUGACUCGAGUUCAGAUGGACGAUCCAUCAAGGACAAAGACCAUGUCGCGCUCAAGGAAGACGAGGUGGUUUCGCCUUUUGUAUUUAUGGAUGUUGCAUGUCGGUUGAUUCUCGAACUCGCUGGCGGGGGAGAAUAAGAAAUCCAAGUUAUGGCGAGGUCAUACUUGGAUGUGAAUCGAUGUGCUUGUACAAUGCCAAGUGCUAUUUGCUGAUUAUCGAUAGAUGCUGUCUUUGUUGUUGCUCCGUUUUUUCCACUGUUACCCAUCUAGCACGCUUGUACUCUUAUGUCACUUGGUUUAGCGCGAUCGCGAGGCGUGCAGUAAGGUGCAACGACCAGCCAUGAGUAGAAGAUUGUAGCGCUUAGCAAGGACGAGGUCAUCUUAUCGCUGCUAUGCCGUCAAGCUUCGUUAUGCCAUCUUUCAGUUUCUAUCAGACGUGGCAGGUCAAAUGAGGAGUCGUGCUAAGCAAAAACAUUCGGAUACGGGGAAUCGAACCCCGAGCUGCCG